CGCGGAGACCGAGCGGAACACAUCUGGUUUGAAAAAGUAAAAGUGAAAUUCGCGACACGAUGCGUAUCGGUGCAACCAUUCCCAACUUCCAGGCCGACUCGACCAAGGGGCCGAUUGAUUUUUACAAUUGGCUCGGUGAUUCUUGGUGCGUCCUUUUUUCGCAUCCGGCCGACUUUACGCCCGUGUGCACAACCGAGCUUGGAAGGAUUGCGGUCCAUCAGGAGCAUUUCUCCAAACGUAAUGUGAAAGUGCUGGCACAUUCUGUCGAUGAUCUCAAGUGCCAUGUGGACUGGGUUAAUGACAUUAAAUCGUACUGUCCGGAUAUUAUUGGAAACUUUCCCUAUCCCAUCAUUGCGGAUCCGAGCCGCGACUUAGCCGUCAAGUUCGGUAUGCUCGAUGAGAAGGACAAGGACAACCCGGAACUGGCGCAAACGGUGCGGGCGUUGUUCAUCAUCAGUCCCGAUAUAAAGGUUCGUCUCACAAUGCACUACCCGACAUCGACGGGGCGUAACGUGGAUGAAAUUUUGCGUGUUAUCGAUUCGCUUCAAUUGACCGAUCGGGUAAAGGUGAUAGCGACUCCGGCCAACUGGACGCCUGGAACGAAGGUGAUGAUUCUGCCGAGUGUCAGCGAGGCGGAAGCGGACAAAUUGUUCCCCAAUGGGAUCGAACGCGUCUCAAUGCCGUCCGGUAAUGUCUAUGUCCGCACCACAACCGAUUAUAAGUAGGUUUCUUUGAUACAGUUAAUUGCGUGACUGUUGACUUUUUUGUUCAAGUUCGUACGAACAACAAUAAACUUGUUUUUGCAUGCAUUGCUACUCAAACCGCAA